AUGUCCAUGAUCGCCGCUAGCCGCACCGUCGCCCGCGCCUGCCUCCGCACUUCCUCCGCCGCGGCCCUGAGCACGGCCACGGAGGGCGCGGCCCUCCACAAGGACGCCAAGCUCCUCGUCUGCGACAUGGCCGGCACGACGGUCAUGGAGGAGGGCCUCGUCUACUCGACGCUCCUCGACUGCAUGGUCGAGAAAGGCCUGGGCGUCACGGAGGCGGAGAUGCACCCCUGGCACGGCGCGGACAAGACGGAGGUCACGGCGAACUUCGUCCAGCGCGAGAUCGCCGACGAGGCGCAGCGCCUCGCGAUGGCCGCGGACAUCGACGCGCUCUUCCUCGUCAAGCUCGAGGAGCGCUACCUCGCCCCCGACUCGCCCGUGGCGCUCAUCAGCCCGGAUCUGCCCGACUUCCUCGCGAACCUGCGGGCGUCCGGCGUCAAGGUCGGCCUGAACACGGGCUACCCGACGCGGCUCCAGGAGGCCUUGCUCGAGAAGCUCGAGCUCAAGUCCAUGGUCGACGCCUGGUGCUGCGCCGCCGACGUCACGCGCGCGCGGCCGUCGCCCUUCAUGGUCUUCAACCUCAUGAACCAGUGCAACGUCGAGACGGGCGUCGUCAAGGUCGGCGACACGGUCCGCGACAUGGGCGAGGGCAUCGCGGCGCACGCGGUGCAGAACGUCGGCGUCCUCUCCGGCGCCGACGACGCGGCGACGCUCUUCGACGCCGGCGCCGACGUCGUCAUCCCCGACGUCACGAAGCUGUCCCUCGAGUUCCUCGCGGAGGCGCCCGCGGCCGCGGCCGCCGCGUGA